AAGACAACCAGGUUUCAGUCGCUGCCUCACCUGCACGCGCUCAUCUCUCCCCUUCCAGCAACCGACAACCUCUCGUUUCAUCGUUCGCUUUCCUCCAACUGCCAGCACACCAAAGGCUUUUGGUCUUCUGAUCCUCUCUCUCGUUUGUUUGCCUCUUCGACACCAUCUUCACCUUCGACGCACCCUGUUCCGGCACCACACAGGUUGAACCUGCGGCCCUACACCUUUUAAUCACCCGCUUCCUUUGUAUCACGACUCUCUUAUCGCCUUCUCUCUAGCUCGUCGACGCAGACCGAGCCUUGCGCGUCCUUCCAUCCCAUCGUUUCGUAGGCGGUAGAUCGCCCGCGGGCGAAGAACGAACGUCAUGCGAGCCCACAUCUCUUAUUCCACAAUGCUCGCGCCCUUCAUAUUACUGGCAACAGCCCCUCUGGGUGCCCUUGCUGCAGAUGUACUCAAGACUACCGGAUACACCUCGUGCCAGGAUGAUGCCGACAUCAAGGUCAACAGGAUGGACAUCGAGUUCGUCAAGUCGACAAAGAAGGUCACAUUCGACGUGUCUGGUACCAGUUUAAAGAAGCAGGAAGUCAUGGCUACACUCGUUGUCAACGCCUACGGCAUCGAGGUGUACAAGAACGAGUUCGACCCCUGCAAGGAAGACACCAAGGUGCCACAGCUGUGCCCAGUACCCGAGGGUACAUUCGGUGCCCAAGGAACCCAGACCAUCCCCGACGCCUACAUGGACAAGAUCCCGGCCAUCGCCUUCAACGUCCCGGACUUGGACAGCCAGGCUACGUUGCAGCUCAAGGCAAAAGAUGGAUCGCAACUGGCCUGCAUUACCUCUACAGUCAGCAACGGCAAGACGAUGGAUGUCCCUGCUGCCAAGUACAUCGCAGCCGGCAUCGCAGCCGGUGCGUUGGCUGUCUCCAGUUUGUCAGCCCUCGCGAGCGCAGGUCACGCUGGCACGGCGACGUCAAGCCCCAACUUUGGCGACGUCAUCGGCUGGUUCCAGUCCAUGGCACUGAACGGAAUGAUGAGCGUCAAGUACCCCAGCGUUUACCAGAGCUUUUCAAAGAACUUCGCUUUCAGCACAGGUCUCAUCGGCUGGGACAGCGCACAACGGUCGAUUGAUACCUUCCGUAAUAAGACCGGCGGCAAUCUCACAGCAGACAGCGUCGACUAUCUGAAGAAAGUCAGCUAUACCAGCUCCGGUCAAAACAUGACAAAGCGCGCGAUCGAGGUUGCGUCGCUUUGGGUACGUGAUGACUUGAGUGUCAACAAUGACAACAGCACCGACAGCGGGGAGAGCAACCAAUUUGGUGAUCUCGGUGAAGGCAUCAAAAAGUACGCUCAGGAGCUAAGCAUUCCCAACGGCAACACUUUCAUGACUGUACUCCUCGUUUUCGCCAUUGUCGUCGCCUCCAUCACCGUCGCCAUCCUCCUCUUCAAGGUCAUUCUUGAGACCUGGGCUCUGUGCGGCAACUUCCCGAAGCGCCUGACUGGCUUCCGCAAGCGGUACUGGUGGACACUGGCCAAGACCAUCACCCACCUGAUCCUCCUCCUCUACGGUAUCUGGACCCUCUACUGUGUCUAUCAGUUCAAGAACGGUGACUCGUGGGCUGCCAAAGUCCUUGCUGGCGUUACUCUUGCGAUAUUUACCGCUGUUCUUGCCUUCUUCACCUGGAAGAUCUGGAGUUUGGCCCAGAAGUUCAAGAGAAUGGAGGGCAACCCCGGCGCCCUGUACGAGAACAAGGAGCUGUGGAGGAAGUACAGCAUUUUCUACGAAAACUACAAGAAGAGCUACUGGUGGCUGUUCAUCCCGCUGAUCGUCUACAUGUUUGCUCGCGGUUGCGUUAUCGCGGGCGCAGACGGUCACGGUAUGGCUCAGGUCGCCGGUCAACUCAUCGUCGAGUCUCUGCUCCUGAUCUUGCUCCUGUGGUCUCGCCCCUUCUCGCUCAAGUCUGGAAACUGGAUCAACAUCAUCAUCCAGGUUGUUCGUGUCCUCUCGGUCGCUUGCAUCCUGAUUUUCGUCGAGGAACUUGGUGUUGCUCAAACUACGAAGACGGUGACAGGUCUUGUUUUGGUGGUCAUGCAGGCUGUCCUGACUGGUCUCCUGGCUAUUUUGAUUGCAGUCAACGCCAUUGUCAUUUGCUGCAAGGAGAAUCCCCACAAGAAGAAGAGGAAGGAAGCCGAGAAGGCACGCGACCUGGACAAUCUCACUCCCCUGGACGCCCGCAACUCCCUCCUCAUGGACCCGCAAGAAUACAAGCGCGGCUCCGUCAUCAGCGUUGGCGGCCACCGCUACGACCCCAUCCCACUUACCGAGCAAAACACACAAUACCACGGGGCGCGCCCCUUCCAGGACAACGACAACGAGCAUCUCAUGGACAACGCCGCUGGGUUCGGCCGAACCGGCACCCACAGCCGCGCUUAUGGCGGCCAGUGGGCGCCGCAUGGCAGCCAGCAGGGAGGUUACCAGGGACAUGCCUACUGAGCUGCGACAUCGAUACCCCAAAGCAAAAGUAAUUCUGCAUUGUACAUUUUCUACGCAGGGAUCCCGCACCGCACUGUACAUGUAAACAUGUUGGAAAGACGGUUUACAGCUCUGCAAGUCCGGACUCUGACAUAUAGCAUGCGCCUGAGGAGGGCAUAGCAUGGCUGGGAACGGGCGUAUAUA